GCCCGCCAUACGCCCCUCACCGACGCAGCUCUCGGGCGCCCACUGGCUUUCACCCGGUGGAUAGCCCUCGGGCACACGUCCCGCUUUUCCUGCCAUGCCUUUUGCCGGCUCGCAAAACGCCCUCUCGCAGGGCGACCAUGUCGGGCCGACUCUAUCCCUCGAGACGCCGAGCUUCCUGGCGCCCAUCUCGCAACUGGCCCCGAGCCGGCGACCUGCGGCCGGCUGGGCCGCCCCGACGCCCCCUUGGGGCCGGCUGCUGCCGAUCGUGCCAAACUUCGAGCCUCGCGACCUGUAUGACGACGUGAUCACCUUCGGCCGGAAUCCCAGCGCCAAUGUCUCCAUCCCGAAGACCUUUUCCCAUGUCAGCUCGUGGCAUUGCACGCUGACCCGGGUGUUGCUGAACCCGGCCGUCCGGACUGGGCCCUUUGAUGUGUUUAUCGAGGAUCUCAACAGCACCAAUGGCACAUUUGUGGACGGCCGCGAAGUAGGCAAGCGCCGCGAGCCGAUCGAAAGCGGCGCCGUCAUUGCCCUCGGCAAAGAUCCCCAGACCGCGAAUCAGUACCGAUUCUUCAAGCUGGUCAUCUUCUCGGCCGACGAGUCAUCGCCAUCCACGCAGCCGGUUGCCGCAUUCGGGUCUUUCUCCAUGCCUGUGCCUCAGGAUGACAAGCACUUCCCGAUCCUGAACGGGCUCUUCGAUGUCCGGGAGGAGAUCGGCCACGGGGCCUUCGGCGUGGUCUACCGCUGCCUGGAUUUGGCCAUCUCCCGGUCAUUGGCAGCCUCGCGUGCUGCCGGCCGGCCAGGCUUCGAUGAAGCGGCCGCCGAAUCGCAGCUCGCCUGCGCCCUGAAGGUGGUAUCCAAGACCUCCAAUGACCCGGACACCGUGGCACGCACCAUGAAACGCGAGGUUGGCAUUCUGCGUCUGCUGAGCCAUCCGAAUAUCGUUGGCUUUCGGAAUUACCGUGAGGAUCCGAAAAAUCAUUACCUGGUGAUGGAGUACAUCCCUGGCGGCGAUCUCAAGAGCAUCAUUGACCAGAGCCCGGGCAAGCGCCUCUCCAACCGCACUGCGCGGCUCUACUUCAUCCAGCUGGCCAUGGCCCUCUUCCAUCUUCACUCGCUUGGGGUUUCCCAUCGCGACUUGAAGCCUCAAAAUAUUUUGCUCACGUUCGCCCCGGUGGGCGACGUCCUGCCAGCCUACCCCAACCGCUUGGUGCUGGUGGACUUUGGCCUCUCACGACCAGCAGGCAACAGCCCCCUGCUCCCGGCGCUGGUGGAGUCCGGGGUUCUGCCUGGUGGCAGCCUUUCAGCGAGCAACACCGACGAUGAUGAUGCCCUCCUUCCCCUGAACCCGGCCAAUCUGAUGCAGACCAUCUGCGGGACGCCGAUCUAUUUCGCCCCUGAAAUUGCCUUUCGCAUGUUUGGACCGCUCGCUGGCCCCGGGUGCGGCCUGAGCACCGGCCCCUCGCAGCUCUCAACCGACAUGGGGUACACCCAGGCCGUGGACAUCUGGUCGCUCGGGGUUCUGCUGUUCCAAUCGGUUGCCGGGGACGGGCGGCUUCCCUUCCCCCCGGACAUGAAGCACCUCUUCCGGAGCAUUUGCGAUGGAAACAUCAACUGGCCGCUCUCCGGGGAUCUCGCCCUCGGCAACGGCACCAUCAGUGGUGCUGGUGCCGCGGGCGGCAGCCGUAGCAGCAGCCCGGCCCUGCUGCUGGGGGAGUCCCAGCCAUCAGGCCGCCUGUCGGGAGCCGGUCCGCAACUGGUUGCCCCUCGGCCGACGGCCGCGCCGCUGGCCCGGUCCAACUCCUUCGGGCCUUCGCGGCCAGCCGGCCCGAGUGCCUUCUGUCCGAAUUCCCUCCACCACCUCAUCUCUCACAUGCUGAUGGUCAAUCCCGAGCAGCGGGCCUCCGCUCGGGAUGUGCUGCUGCACCCGUGGAUGGUGGCUGAGCCGGCCGUGUUGGUCGAGCUUCGCGACCUCUUCCGCUUUCUCGAGCCUCGCCAGCCGGGGCGUGUCCUUUCUGCGGCGGCCUCCGCCCUGGGGCCCCCCUCGUCCCAGGACUCGGCCGGGCCGCUCUCUUGGGCUUUGCCCGACAUGAUGGCCCCCUUUGCCGGGUCGGAGCUCUUCCACCACUUCGGCCUCCCGGAGCCGAGUUCUCCGGCGCCCCCGGCCAUGGCCUGUGCAGCUAUGCCCGCGCCUCUCUUCACAUCCUCCACCGGUCCAUCCCCGGCCCCGGUUCCGGUCCCGGCCUCGGCUCCGGUGGACACAUCUCUCGACGAUUCCGGGACCUUCCCCGCGCCGCUGGCCACACCGAAACGCCCGCGGCCGGGGAGUGCAACACCCGAAGCCGGGCCAUCCUCCCAGCCCCCGGCCUCGGACUUUCCGCCAUCCCUGCCCCCGGCUCCUCCGUCCACCAAGCGCGUGCGUCCGACCGGUCCACCGACCAAGACCAUGCCAGCUGAUCGGCCUCCCCGGCCGGUGCCCUCGGCGCCACCGGUCCUGCCGGGCGUCCAGCAUCCUGCAACAUCGACCCCGAUCUCGGGUCCGGUGGCCCAGCCAACACGACCCAAUGCAUCGGCCCAGCCGGCCCAGCCGGCCCAGCCGGUCGCCCCUCCCACACCCCCGCCGAUCCAGCUGGCCAUUCGGCCCCUGAAUGAGGUGUCCGGACGUCUCAUCCCGACGAGCGCCCGGGAAUUGGACUUGGCCCCGGUCCCCGCCUCCGAGGUGGACCUGCUCCAGAUCCCGGCCGAGGCCCAGUGCGAGAGUCUGCUGACCAUCGGCCGCGAUCCCAGCUGUGACAUCUCGGUUUCGAAUGCCCAGAUCAGCAAGCGCCAGUGCGCCAUCUUCGUCACCCGCCGCCCCUUGGAGCAGGGCGAUGCACCAACCACCGGAUGCAACCCGGAUGAGACCUACUUUGUGUACCUGAAGAACCUCGGCACCUUUGCCAUUUUGAUCAACGCCGACCCGACCACCGCCCGACGCGAUGCCAUUGAGCGAAUUCCCACCGGUAAGCAUCGGCUGGUCGCUCGGCUGUUCCGCCAGCCGGAGACCGGCGCCUGGACCGUGGACGCACCUCGGCUCGGCGCCGCCUCGCAACAACUGACCAUCGUGCUGACCUCCUCCUCGGCAGCCGCGGCAUCCGCCGAUCCCCAACAGCGGCCCGUGUUCAUCGGCUUCUUCCUGGAUGUCGGCCUCAACGCCGGCUCGUGACCAAGUUCGUCCCCGGCUCCCCUCCUUCGACAUGCGGUGGAGCCCGGUCCUGGUGACGCUGCCUUCCACGAUGUAUUUGCACACACACACACACACAC